AAUGAUUGAAGACGCAGACGUAGACAUUAUUUUUGGAACUGUUUGUUCAACAGUUACUGGUAUUUCAUCAAUUUAUGCCGGCUAUAGAAAUGUAACAAUUUUCACCGUCUCUUCCGCCGACCCCCUACUGGACGAUAAGAGUAUUUACACAAACCUAAUAAGGGCAGGUUUACCAACUUUUAAUACAUUCGGUAAAGCUAUUAUUGGAGUUUUGGAUCAUUUUAAAUGGUCGAAGGUAUCUCUAUUAGUCAGAGAUAGCGCACUAUGCGGUUAUGGCGUAAAAUCCUUGGAAAGUAUUCUACGGGAGAGAAGAGACUUGAUUCUCGUCGAGAAAAUAUCUGUACUAUCAAGUGAUACUGCAGAUGAUAUUGAAACGUUUUUGAGAAGGAUAAAACAAAGAGCUAGAAUUAUCAUUAUUUGUCUAUCUCAAGGACAAAUGAGAACUUCGAUGGAAAAAGCUAGGAUCUUAGGUAUGACAGCGGAUAAAUAUGUAUUUCUCUACUAUGAUCGUACGUCGAGUAGUUUUACGACAACUCCUUGGGGAAAUAUCACAGGAAGAGAUAAUCAAAAGGAAUUAAAAGAUAAUUUUGUUUCUUUUGUUCAAAUUACCACUCGCGAUUUAUCUGGACCAGAAGUUGAUCAUUUCAGAACAGAGGUUCCCAAAUUGUCGGCUCAAUCACCAUUUUAUGAAACGUUGUACUUAAAUAAUAGUUGGAGAGCGAUUAAAAAUAGUAUUUUCGGCUAUGACGUUGCUUAUACUCUUUGCCACGUGCUUAACGAAACUAUCGCAUUGGGAGAGAGUUAUCGAGAUAUCGACUGGAUGAUGAAAGUGUCAAGCAACAAAGUAUUUUCUACAAGAUUCGGAAGCUUGGCAAUGGAUUCUCAAGGCGAUCGUAUACCCGAUUACACAUUUUGGUACUAUGUAAGUGGUGAUGAUGAGUAUAAGCCAAUAAUGGACAUUAUACUAACAACUAGCAAUGGAAAAUCAGUUCGAAUUGUAGAACAACAGAAAAUACUUUGGCCUACAAAAGAUAAUAUUCCCCCUCUUGAUGCUCCCAAAUGCGGUUUUCGGAAUGAAUUUUGUCCACCAGAAUCAACCAAUAACAUAGCAGUUUUCGUUGCAGUCGUUGCUUCCUUAAUAAUUAUAUUGGUAAUAGUUAUCAUAUCGGUUCUUAUAUAUAAAAAGAAGAAACUAGAGGCAGAACUUCAGCAGAUGCUAUGGAAAAUUGACAUAAAAGACGUUCAAAUGUCUAACCACGGAGCCUUUAGUCUCUUAAAUCUGAGUAUGAAAAGCUUCAAAUCGGAAGUGUCAGACGUUUCAAAAAUCACAAUGACGAAACAAGUCUAUACUAAAGUUGGAGUGUAUAAAAAUCUUACGGUAUCUGUCAAGACCAUUGAUUUUCCCAAAAGUUCCUUAAACUUGAAUCGUUUCAAAUUGAUGGAAUUGAAACAAAUGAAAGAAAUGAAUCAUGGCAAUAUCAACUCAUUUGUUGGGUUAUCCUUUGAGAACAAUAAGGCCCAUAUAUUGUGGACUUAUUGUUCUAAGGGAAGUCUUCAAGAUAUUCUCGAAAACGAUGAUAUUGCUCUCGAUAAUCUUUUCAAAAAGUCUUUAAUUUCUGAUCUGGCGUCAGGAAUGAAUUAUAUUCAUUCAUCUUCUUUGAAAUUUCAUGGGAAUCUGUCGAGUGGAUGUUGUUUAAUUGAUAGUCGAUGGACAUUGAAAAUCAGUUCAUUUGGCCUAUACGAUUUAAAGAAUAUUCGAUUUCAAUCAAACAUUCGGGAUAGUACAACGGGAGAAUACGAAGCUUAUAGGAAACUUUUAUGGCACGCGCCAGAAUUACUAAGGGAACAUUUGACAAAUUACACUGAACUUACUCUACCUAUGGGAAGUCAGGGGGGAGAUGUUUAUAGUUUUGGAAUUAUACUUUGGGAAAUUAUUCAUAGAGGAAUGCCAUUUUUCAAUUGCGAAUUAACUCCGAAAGAAAUUGUUGAGAAAAUUAAAGCAGAAAAUGGCGAACCUUUUCGGCCUGUAUCUCCAAAAGGAAUAGAAUUACAAGAUGAUGAAGUUAAAUUUUCAAGUUUAAUGAUUGAUUGUUGGAAUGAAAAUGCGCAUUCAAGACCACAUUGCGGUAAAAUUGCGAAAAGAGUAAAAUCAAUACUUGGUGGAAAAGGUAGCAACAUUAUGGAUGUUAUGCUACAAAGGCUUGAGAAGUAUGCUAAUAAUCUUGAGGAGAUAGUUACGUCAAGAACAAAAGAAUUGGUUGAAGAGAAGAAGAAAACUGACUCGCUGCUCUAUAGGAUGCUACCAUCGACUGUAGCAGAAAAAUUAAAGAUGGGCGAAGCAAUAGAAGCGGAAAUAUUCCAAUCGGCAACUGUAUUCUUCUCUGAUGUUGUCGGGUUUACCUCUCUUAGCUCCGAAAGUACGCCAAUGGAAAUUGUUACUUUGCUUAACGAUCUCUACAGCCUUUUUGAUGGGAUAUUGAAUCAAUACGAUGUAUAUAAAGUGGAAACGAUUGGAGACGCUUAUAUGGUUGUGUCUGGCAUUCCAAGAAAAAACGGAAACAAACACUCUAUCGAAAUUGCAAAUAUGGCAUUGGCAUUGCUUGGCAGUGUUUAUACUUUUAAGAUAAAGCAUAGACAAGAUCUUAAGCUCCAACUUCGUAUCGGAGUUCAUACGGGUUCUUGUGCAGCUGGAGUUGUUGGACUCAUAAUGCCCAGGUAUUGUCUUUUUGGAGAUACUGUAAAUACUGCAAGUAGAAUGGAGACUACAGGUGAAGCAUUUAAAAUCCAUGUAAGUACGUAUUUCAAAGAGCAUUUGGAACUGGCGGCUCCAAAUUCAUAUGAAAUGGAAAGUCGAGGAACCGUAUUUGUAAAGGGUAAAGGUGAUAUGCAAACUUUCUGGCUAAUUGAGAAGAGAGAAAAAUAA